UUUCUUUGUGUGUUCACACACUUUUCUUCUUUCAUUCAUACUUUAGAAAAAUCUUCAAAUACUUUCACACCUGAAAAAAAAAACACAGAUAAAAAUCAUUAUUUACUUGUUUUUUUUAAUGGAAAUCUCUGCUUUCUCAUUUCCUACCCAAGAAGAUUACAAUUCCUCCCUCAGUUUCCUUCAAGAACUCGACUUUCUUCCUCCUUGUGAUAAUCAAUCCAUGUCGAAAAAGAAUAAAAUUAAUGAUUUUGAUCACAACCCAGUUGAGGAAAUCCUAAAUAAAUUUCUGGGUCUCGAAAAUGAAACAUACCCAGAAUCAAAUUCAGUUGAAAAUCACACCCUUUUUGAUUUCAAGAAACAAAAAGUUGAUUUUGACAUGAAUGAUCAUGUGGUUGUAUCUGGAACGAAACGUGUUCGUGAAAAUGCCGCUGAGAAGGAGAAGGAGAAGGAGGAUACUUCUUCUGAGCAACCUUUACAGCAGAGGAGAUUAUGGGUGAAAAACAGAUCAAAUGCAUGGUGGGAACAAUGCAACAGUCCUGAUUUCCCAGAAGAGGAAUUCAAGAAAGAUUUUCGUAUGAGUAAAGCUACAUUUGAUUUUAUAUGUUGUGAAUUAGAAUCAGUAGUGACUAAAAAAGACACAAUGCUACGUCUGGCGAUACCUGUUCGCCAGCGUGUAGCUGUAUGCAUUUGGAGAUUGGCUACAGGGGAGCCACUCCGUGAAGUGUCUAGGCGAUUUGGGUUAGGUAUAUCUACUUGUCAUAAGCUCGUGCUCGAGGUAUGCACAGCUAUAAGAAGUGUGUUGAUGGCGAAAUUCGUACAAUGGCCUGAUGACAUGAAGAUGGAGGAAAUUAAAGUUGAAUUUGAAAUCCUUUCGAGGAUACAAAAUGUGGGUGGAUCAAUGUACACGACACAUGUACCAAUUAUUGCACCAAAAGAGAGUGUCGCGAGUUAUUUCAACAAAAGACAUACUGAGAGGAAUCAAAAGACUUCUUACUCAGUUACAGUACAAGGGGUUGUUGAUCCUAAAGGGAUUUUUACAGAUGUUUGUAUUGGAUGGCCUGGUUCAAUGACAGAUGAUCAAGUCUUGGAAAAAUCAGCACUCUACGAAAGAGCAAACAGAGGAAAUUUAAAUGAUAUUUACGUCGUUGGGAAUUCUGGAUAUCCAUUAACAGAUUGGAUUUUAGUUCCAUUUACUCACAAGAAUCUUACUUGGACACAACAUGCUUUUAAUGAGAAAGUUAAUGAUGUUCAGAAAGUUGCUAAAGAAGCAUUUAUGAGAUUGAAAGCAAGAUGGAGUUGUUUAAAGAAAAGAGCAGAAGUGAAACUUCAAGAUUUGCCUGUUGUUCUUGGGGCUUGUUGUACACUUCACAAUAUUUGUGAAAUGAGAGGUGAAGAAUUAAGUCAAGAAUUAAGGUUUGAUUUGUUUGAUGAUGAAAUGGUUCCAGAAAAUGUUGUGAGAUCAAUGAAUGCUAUGAAGGCUAGAGAUCAGAUUGCUCACAAGCUAUUACAUCAUAAUCACUCAGGGACUAGUUUCUUAUGAUUAAUAUGGAAAUUCAAGAUUGUGUUAACAUGUUUUAGAGGUUGAAUAUCUAGUUCUUUAUAUUGUGAUUUUUUGGGGGUAAUUCUUUCUCCAUGGCUUAUAGAAGUCAUGUUAUAGAAUAAUUUAUUAUUAAUCUUCAUAGAAGAUUUGUUUUUCUAUUUUCAAGUAUUGCAUUGUUUAGGACAUGGAUGGGACUCAAUUCUUUAUCAAAGAAAUUUGGCAAAAACAAAUGGAAGUUUCCCUCGUGGUUAUUCUUAUCA